AUUAUCAUCGCAUGAUGGUCAAAUCUAGUUUACAUAAUGUACGACAUGAAGGAGAUGUCGCCGGUGUAAACGUUUCGUCUCCGACCGCUGAUUGAAAUUUCGAAAUUCAGCCCGCCAUUUACAUUCUAUCAAAAUCGAAGGUCACCAUUUACGAAACCGACUGACCGAAACCCUAAUCAAUCCCGUUGCUCAAUGAAUGCGCGAUAGCCUCUGAUUUUCAAAAUUGAGGAAGACCUAUCUGCAUCUGAGGUUUGGUUUGAACGUCGACACCAAUGUCUUUGGGCGAUCUUAACAAAGUAUGGGAAAUCAAAACCCUAAAGCGGAAACCUAAAGAGGAAGAGGCGCGGAAGAUUUUAGACAGAAUUGCAAAACAGGUUCAGCCCAUCAUGCGUAAGCAUAAUUGGAGGGUCAAAGUACUCUCUGAAUUCUGGCCAAAAAAUCGGGCUCUACUAGGCUUGAAUGUAGGGCGUGGUAUACAUGUCAAGUUGAGGCUCAGGAGGUCAGACAGAGAUGAGGAAUUUCUUCCUUACCAUGAAGUUCUUGAUACAAUGCUGCAUGAGCUGUGUCACAACGUUCAUAGCCCUCACAAUGCUAGCUUCUACAAGCUCUGGGAUGAGAUUAGAAAGGAGUGUGAAGACUUCAUAAACAAAGGGAUCAGUGGAGCAGGACAAGGAUUUGAUCUUCCUGGAAAGCGUUUGGGUGGAGUCUCCCAUAAACGUCGUCAUUCAUCUCUCCGCCAGGUUGCACUUACUGCUGCAGAAAAUAGAGCCCGUCUUCAAUCCUUGCUACCUUCAGGACCUAACAAAAUUGGAGGUGAUAGUUCUAUCAUGGUUGCCAUGAGUCCUGCUCAAGCUGCUGCUAUGGCAGCUGAAAGAAGAUUUCAGGAUAACAUAUGGUGUGGGUCAGAAUUCUAUGAUUUAUCUGGAGAUGAAGACUGUACUGAUUCGCUGCCAAACUCUUCAAAUAAAGGAUGCUGUUCUGAAAUCUCAAGAACUGCAUCUAAAGAACAUGAUAUGAAUGUAAAAUCUGUGAAAAGGAAACGAGAAUCAGAUGAUGUUUCUUUAGUCCAGUCUGUUGAUAGACAACAAGAGCCCAUUUUAAUAGACUUGACAAAUACAGCUUCAGAAAAUCGGUCCACGCGCUAUCCAGAUAAAAUGCAUCCUAAUAAAGAUUUAUGUGGUGAAGCUCCAGCAUCAUCAUCCCUUUCUAGCCAUGACCUAAUGCAUGAAAGUAGUUCUGGCACAUGGCAAUGUACAACAUGCACUUUGUUGAAUCCACCGUUGGCCCCAAUAUGCGGCCUUUGCACAACAGAAAAGCCCGAAAAGGAUAAGAUGAAAAGCUCAUCCUGGUCCUGCAGAUUUUGUACUUUGGAAAAUGAUUUGAAGAUGGACAAAUGCGACGCAUGUGGGUCCUGGAGAUAUUCUUAUGGUCCACCUAUUGCUAAUUCAGCACCCAAUCUUGGAACAUAAGAUUUUUCCACUCAUUGGAAGUAUAAUGGCAUACCGAAGCAAAAGUGGGCAUUGUUCAUACGUUUUUCUUUCAGCAUCCUUUUACUAUGCAUGACUCUGUCAAGGUUCCAUGGUAAAUGUUGCUUGUGUUUUUGGCCAAACCGGUGAUGAAAGUUGUUAGCCUGCAACCUAUCUUGGAAGAACUAUGCAUAUCAUUAGAAUUAUGCAGAUAUUUAUUUCCUUCAAUGAAGCAUUGAUGCCAAAUUGUUUAUGCACUCUACCAUAAGGAAAAAAAGAGUUCAAUAUCUGAUAUUCUAAAUUGUUUGUGCACUCUACCAAUGUCAAGUACUUCCUGCUAUAGCUGAGAGUUGAAUUUUAGUACAAUCUGAUAUUCUAAAUUGUGUCUAAUUAUGUAAAGUAGAAUAAUCUAGUUAUUGCCUUAAGAUUAUUGGAAAUGAGGUUUUUGUAUGCUACAACCUUAGCCAUGAAUGUUGAAUCAAGAUAAGGUUGUGUUUCGUGGUGAGAAGGGGCUAUCGGCCAUGCUGUUCUUCCACUUCAGUCAGCUCCCUUGCCUCGACACAUGUAUUCUCCGAACAAUCAAUCCUGCGAGAACAAGUAUGUACAUGUUGCAUCGUUAUGUUUC